AACUACCUCUGGUUUCCCAACCGAAACCCGACGCGCGUUCCCGAGGAGGCGGGGCGCGCCCCCGAGGCCAUCUCGGUUUAUAAACAGGUGCAAGGUGGGGCUCUACCCCCCCCACAGGUAGAAGGAGCCGAGCAGGAGACAAAGCAGCAGCAGCAGCAGCAGCAGCGAGAAGAGCAACUCCACUCGGGACGGAAGCGGCCGAACUCUCCCCUUUUCAGCUGAAAGUUUUUGGGACGAGUUUUUUGGGGUUUUUUUUUUUGUUGGUUUUCGGCGUCAGUUUCAGUCAUGGCCAAUUCGGGACUGCAGAUACUGGGCUUUACUCUGGCUCUGCUCGGUCUGAUCGCCCUGGUAGCCAGCACCAUCAUGCCCCAGUGGAAAAUGUCCAGCUACGCCGGGGACAAUAUCAUCACAGCGCAGGCGAUCUACAUGGGACUCUGGAUGAACUGUGUCUACCAGAGCACCGGGCAGAUACAGUGCAAGGUGUAUGACUCCAUCCUGGCGCUGGGAGCCUCCCUUCAAGCCACCCGUGCCCUGAUGGUGGUGGGCAUAGUGGUGGGAGUCCUGGCUGUGGGCAUCAGCUCUGUGGGCAUGAAGUGCACCAGGUGCGGGGGUGACGACAAAGCCAAGAAGUCCCGGAUCGCCAUGGGCGGUGGCAUCGCGUUCAUCUUGGCAGGGCUCUGCGCUCUGAUUGGUGCUUCGUGGUUUGGGAAUCAGAUUGUUCAAGACUUCUACAACCCCCUCCAGCCGGUGAACACUAAGUACGAGUUUGGAUCGGCUAUCUUUGUGAACUGGGCGGCAGCUGCACUCAUCCUGAUCGGUGGUGGGAUGCUGAGCUGCUCUUGUCCCAAGAAGGACAACUACCCUCGCUCCUACCCGAAAUCCAAGGCCCGAUCGAAGGCUCCGAGCAGCAACAAGGAGUUUGUGUGAAUCCCGGGGGGUGGGUGCUCAGUCACUGUGCCCCUCAGACCACCGAUUGGUUUUAUUGUUUUCAAAAACACCUUUUAACCCCCUUCACUGAAGGAACCAACGUUAACAAGUGUUGAUGGAAGGGGGGUGGGGGAGAAUUGAUUUUUUGAGUAGAACCAUGUAAAUUUCUGCUUGGGAUUACUUUUGAGUGAUUAAACCUGUGCAUUUGUGAUUCUUUGUUUAAUAGCGUUGUUAAAACUGAAAAGGGAAGGAUUUGCGUGGGGUGGGGGUCGUGGGUGAGGUUAUUUUCACUGGAUGUUGAACAUGAGACAGCGUGAAGCGAAUCCCUUUUAAUUUAAAUGUCCUAAUAUUUCAGCUUGUCCCAUGUUCUGGCCGCCCAGGGCUAAUGGGGGAAUCGGGUGGCAGACUGCAAUGUGCUGGCUUUGUCUCCUUGCUUUACCUGAGGGGCUCCCAACAGUUGUCUUUUUUAAACAAAAACACACACACACACCCCCUGGUUUUAUAGAUUUUAUCCACCAUUGUGGAAAGGGCAUUUUUUAUAAGCAAACCCACCUUUUUAUUGUGUUGCCCUGGGAGCAGUGAGGUGCUUAUUUCAAUGCUGUGUUAAAUUCCCUCGUUCAUAACUGUACUUUUAUCGAUGCCCUUGUCAGUCUUUACUCCUGCCUUAACCUCUUUCUUAGCUUCGCCCCUUCAAACUCCAGCCCCUGAAACCCUCUCUUUCCACCCACCAACACCCCACCCUCCCCCAACAACCUCCUUCAAAUUCACCCUUUGAAAUAUUGAGUGAUUCGGUUUCUCCCCCACCCCCUAAAACCCACUCUCCGACCAUUCAUCCUCACAGAGACAGACAGAGAGAGAGACACAACAUUUCAUCCCAUGUUCCCUUGGAGACUGCAGUCCCCACCUCACACCGCACCUCUUCAGUCUGAGAGGAUGCGAUCUGUAUUGGCAGGGAGAGAGGGUCUAACUCUGUUCCAUCGCUCAGCCUGACUGGGGUGAGUAGAAUGUGCCUCUUUUUUUUUUGGCAGUGUGGAGGGCUUGUGAAACGACUCCUGGUCGGAGACCAGAAUUCAGCAUGUCCCUCGCUGUCUUGCCAAACCAUCGUAAAGUUUAACGCUCGUCGUUUUGCUUUUUGUGUAAUGCUGUACAUGUGCCUGGAUUUAUGGGAUUUUUAGAGUGUUGUUUUUUUUUAAAAACGAUUUUACCCUGUACAUUUUGUUAUAAAUAAAGUUCUUCAAUCUCA